AUGACCCAAUAUACUUUACCUUUUUUAUUUCUUAAUUUGGGAGGGGAAAUGAUUUAUAUACUUGAUCAACGCCUGAGGGCACAAAACAUUGCAGUAGAAAAGUCAAGAAAAGUUUUAGACGAUCUGGUUAGAAUCAUGUUCAAUCCACGUUUUAUGGAAGAACUCUUUAAACCGCAAGAGAUAUACAAUAAGGCAGCUCUGAAGGCACUAUUCCACGAUCUUGCACAUGCUUCAAUAAUGCGGCUUAACGAGACAAGCAUGAACAAACUUUAUGAUCUGAUGACGAUGGUUUUCAAAUGGCAAAUAUUUUCUUCUUCUCAUCCGAGGGAAUUGAUUCUCAUAACGCUCAAUCAUUUGGACUCGAUGAGGUCAUUAGUGUCCUGCUCAUUGAUACUCAAGCAGCUUGAUACAGCUUAUUUCAUGUUUAUUAAGACGUACGGACAAAUGACCUGUGGGGAAUUACAAAGGGUGAGGUAUUCAUUACUCAACUUUUUACAAGAUGUGAGAGUAAGAGUAUCACUGUUACUGCGCCAAAGAUUACAGAAUACCGAUGGGAGUUUCGUUAUACCAUUAAAUCUGCAACUUUUUCAUGGCUGCGAAACUCCAGGCCAGAUAAGAGUUUACUCCAAAGAAGGCAUACCGAUUGAUUUGAUCAGUUUCAAUCCAGGUGGAAAAUAUGUAGUUGCUGAACAACCAGGUUCAACUGAACUUAGGGGUUUGAGGAAUACAUCUCUUGGAACUAACAUUUACAGUGCUUCUCGAACAGAAUCAGAUAAUACACUGGCUGGAUACGAGGGUCAUGAAAGCUACAGGAAAGAGAUUAACUUACUAGUAGCUCAGCUAGGAGGAGACAGCACUAAAAUUCCAGACGAAACAUUUUCGCUACAUAAUUCCUUAUUCAGCACAAUCGAAGAAGUUACAUCAAAUGAUGAACAACCUACAUUAGUACCAGAAACGCCAUCGAUAGAGCCGCAGAAACAGGAAGCUGUGGAUACAACCAAUGCCCACACAGAAGCUCUGAGCAAAAUUUUAGCAGAGAUGCAGCCAUCAAUUCCUAAAGAUCAAUCAGAAUUUGAUUUAUUAGAUCUUAUGGAUGAUCUUAAUUAG